AUGAGACUUUUAUUAUUAUUAGUUUUAGUUUUAUUAGGCUUAGUCAACGCCAAAGUUUACUUUGAAGACUCUUUUGAUGGUGAUUGGGAAUCAAGAUGGGUCAUUUCAGAUUGGCACAAAGAUGAUGGUAGAGCUGGUAAAUUAGUUCACACUGCUGGUAAAUGGUACAACGAUGAUAGCAAAAAAGGUAUCCAAACUAGUGAAGAUGCUCGUUUCUACGCUGCCUCAGCUGAAUUCCCAGCCUUUAGCAAUAAAGAUAAAGAUUUAGUUGUUCAAUACACUGUUAAAAUGGAAAAUAAAAUGGAUUGUGGUGGUGCUUACAUUAAAGUUUUACCAAGCGGUCUCAAUCAAAAAGAAUUCAAUGGUGACUCUGAAUACGCUCUUAUGCUUGGUUUCGAUACCUGCGCUGGUUCAAAGAAAGUUCACUUUAUUAUUAACUACAAUGGUAAAAACCAUUUAAUCAAAAAAGAAAUCACCAACCCACCAGUUGAUCAAUUAACCCAUCAAUAUACCUUUGUUAUGUCACCAGACAAUACCUACAAAGUUCUCAUUGAUAACAAAGAAGUCCAAAGUGGUUCCAUCACUGAAGAUUGGGAAGUUCUUGCCCCAAAACAAAUUAAAGAUCCAAAAGAAAGCAAACCAGCUGAUUGGGUUGAUGUCAAAGAAAUCGAUGAUCCAGCCGAUGUUAAACCAGCUGAUUACGAUACUAUUCCAGCUACCAUUGUUGAUCCAGAAGCUGCCAAACCAGAAGAUUGGAAUGAUGAAGAUGAUGGUGAAUGGGAAGCCCCAACCAUUGCCAACCCAGAAUACAAAGGUGAAUGGAAAGCUAAAAAGAUUCCAAACCCAGAAUACAAAGGUGAAUGGGUCCAUCCAUUAAUUGACAAUCCAGAAUACAAAGAUGACAAAGAAAUCUACAAAUUCGAUAACUUAAACUACAUUGGUUUCGAAUUAUGGCAAGUUAAAUCCGGUACCAUCUUUAACAACUUCUUUAUCUCUGAUUCACUCGAAGAAGCUAAAGAAUUCUCAGAAAAGACCUUUGUUAACCAACAAGAAGGUGAAAAGAAAAUGUUUGAUGAAUUAGAAGCUAAAAGAGUUGAAGAAGAAAAGAAAAAAGCUGAAGAAGCUAAAAAAGCCAAAGAAGAAGCUGAAAAAGUUGCCAAAGAAACUGAAGAAGCUGAAGAAACUGAAGAAGCCACCGAAGAAGAAUUAGUUAAGACUGAAGAUAAAAAAGAAGAAAAGAAAGAAGAAAAGAAAGCUUCAAAGAAAUCUGUCAAAGAUGAAUUAUAAGCAAAUUUAAUAAUAUAAUAAUAUAAUUAUUUUUUUUUUUCAUAAAAAAUAAAAUAAUAAAAUUUUUGUAACUU